AUGACAACGACAUCAACGGGAGUCUCACUUCGUGAGCAAAGUCCUCAGGACGUCGACGGGCACGAAGAGGCACGUCUCAAUGCGGAUUCGGAUGACGGGUCACACGGAUCACAGGAUCCUGGGAAGAUGUUCAUCGGGGGAUUGAGUUGGCAGACUACGGCAGAAAACCUCCGCGACUAUUUCGGACGAUUCGGUGAGGUGAACGAGUGUAUGGUGAUGCGAGAUCCGGCGACAAAGCGAGCUCGCGGAUUCGGAUUCAUCACUUUCGUCGAUCCGUCCAGUGUUGAUAAGGUGCUGAAUGCGCGGGAACACGAGCUCGAUGGCAAAAAAAUCGACCCAAAGGUUGCGUUCCCGAAAAGAACACAAGCCAAGGUUGGUGAGGAAAAAGAACACAGGGAUAACCGCAAUUCACAGAAUGAGUAUCAUUCGAAUCAUGAUGAGUUCAUGAGUAAUUUGAUGAAAAUGAUGAACGAGAUGACCGCAACUGAAGAACAGGUCAUGUACUACGAACAGUCACAGCCACGCCCACCGCGAAACCGAAACGAGUACAGAUCCAAGGUUUAG